GGCGGCUCAAGCGUCAUUGUGGCAAACACGUCCCUUACUGUCGCCAAAGAGCCGGCCAAGGAAAUUAAUGGUGAUCAGGUCAAUGGGGACGUGCAGCCUGCGAAGGGAAAUGAAUCUGGUACAAAAUCUAGUACGGCAGCAGCAUCAUCAUCAACUACAACAGAAGUUAAAAGGCUGAAAAAAUCACAGGAACAAAACAUGGAUGUCACGCAAAUGUCUGGGAAGGAGGAAUCAACCAAGCAACAAUUAGACAAGGCGGAGGAUGGCAAAAAGGAUAUCACUGCAGAAGAAAAAGUGUCAACUAUGUCACCCUCAGAGGAAGCGAUGGAGGUGGGCAAGCCGGAAGCCUGCAUUAAAAGCACAGAUACACAUGAUGACAAGCAGAAGUCAGACAAGCCAACACGUGAAGGGACAUCCUCUGUCGAAAAGAGUAGCAAGCCCUCUUUCACUACGAUAAGAAAAGCUCCUUCAACGGGAGAGGAGAAAUCAACAUCAUCAAAGGCUGAUUCAAAAUCGUCUGAAACUUUAGAUAAUCAUGGGGUCGCACCAAAAGAAACGAACAUUCCAAAUUCGUCCAAGGAGAAAGCUGACUGUUCCAAAGAGCCUAACAUCACAGCAGUUCAGAAUGAUUCAAAAAAGCUGGACGGAGAAAAAGACAAGGAAAAACAACUACCAGUCGAUCAGACGGAUAAACCUGCCUGUUUUAAAACAACAGAGCCUGUGACGUCAUCGCCUCUAAACAAGGAGAAGAAAUCUUCUGUCUCGACAGAAGUAGAUAAAAGCAAAACAGAAAAAUCCUCCCUCGCAAAACGUGUAGAUGAACCACAGGUUUCAAUUGAAAAAGACAAACAGAAAGUGGGAGACAACAACAAACAGACCUCUGCAGAAGACGUAGGUAGGGCAUCUCUGACAGAAGACCUCAGUGUUUCUGAGAAGACAACUGGCCUUUCCGUUAUAAGAGAAACUAAGUCGCCCAACCUGACUAAUAAGAGUGAAGAUGGAACCACUAAAGAAGGUGACAAACCAUCUGCUAUAGAAACAACAAAGCCAUCUGUCAUAAAGGAACAGCUCAUGACUGGAACAGUAGCCAGGGGAGCUUCUGUGACUGAGAUGGCCUCCUCAAGUUCAACUGGUGGCACAGACAGGCAAAACGCAUCCAGUGAAACAAGUAAGCAAAGCAAGUCCUCUGCUCAAGAAGCUACAAAGUCCAGCCCAUCUGUAGUGAAGGAAAAAUCCCCAACCUCAAAAGAAGUGGUAAAACAUUUUCAGACUAAAGAAAGCAUUGAUCAACAGCCUUCGCUCGAAAAAAAGACAGAGAAAGCAGCUACUUUAACAGGGAAAGACGUCACAGAGAAGGAAGCCAGCUACAAGGUUUCAGAAACGAAAGGCACUUCGAAAGAAACCGAAAAAGAAACUGGUUCCACACCUCCGGUUUCAGUGGCUGACCCAAAGGAUGCAGACAGACUGGAAAGUGGUAAAGACAAGACUUCUGCUUCUGUGCCCAAAGAGCUUAUGAAGGAGACCAGAAAAGCAGAGAAAGAGACAGAGAAACAGCCGGCAAAGGAUGAAUCCUCAAAGCAUGGCCCUUCUGUCAAACGCAAGGAAGAGCCCAUGGAGGUUCUGCACACUGUUCCUGAGCCUAAAAAACUCUCAUCGGUCAGUGAGGCUGGAAGAGCAGGAGAAAGGAAAGACAAGGAGGAGAAGGCGGAGGACAAGAAAAGCCAGGCUGAAAAGAUUAAAGCAAAUAUGGACAAGACUGAAAAGGUAGAGGACAAGAACGAUGGGGCCAAAAAGACGGAAAAGAUGGACAAGGCUGAAAAAGUGGAAGAGAACAAGGUGUCCAAGAAGGCGGAGGAAAAGAGGGAUGAGUCCAAGAAGGCAGAGUACAAGAAGGCGGAGGACGAGAAGGCUAAGUCCAAAAAGGCGGAGGACAAAGCCGGGACAAAGAAGGCAGAGGAAAAGAAGGCGGAGGAAAAGAGGAAUGAGUUCAAGAAGGCGGAGGAAAAGAAGGAUGAGUCCAAGAAGGCGGAGGAAAAGAAGGCCGAGUCCAGGAAGGCGGAGGAAAAGAAGGCGGAGGAAAAGAGGGAUGAGUCCAAAAAGGCGGAGGACAUAAAGGCAGAGUCCAGGAAGGCGGAGGAAAAGAAGGAUGAGUCCAAGAAGGCGGAGGAAAAGAGGAAUGAGUCCAAAAAGGCGGAGGACAUAAAGGCCGAGUCCAGGAAGGCGGAGGAAAAGAGGGAUGAGUCCAAAAAGGCAGAGGACAAGAAGGCCGAGUCCAUGAAGGUGGAGGAAAAGAAGGCGGAGGAAAAGAUGGAUGAGUCCAAAAAGGCGGAGGACAAGAAGGCCGAGUCCAGGAAGGCGGAGGAAAAGAAGGAUGAGUCCAAGAAGGCCGAGUCCAACAAGGCGGAGGAAAAGAGGGAUGAGUCCAAGAAGGCCAAGUCCAACAAGGCGAGGAAAAGGGAGAGUCCAAAGAAGGCGGAGGAAAAGAAGGAUGAGUCAAAGAAGGCGGAGGAAAAGAAGGAUGAGUCAAAGAAGGCGGAGGAAAAGAAGGAUGAGUCAAAGAAGGCGGAGGAAAAGAAGGAUGAGUCAAAGAAGGCGGAGGAAAAGAAGGAUGAGUCUAAAAAGGUGGAGGAAAAGAAGGAUGAGUCCAAAAAGGCGGAGAAAAAGAAGGCCGAGUCCAAGAAGGCGGAGGACAAGAAGGCGGAGUCCAGGAAGGCGGAGUCCAAGAAGGCGGAGGACCAGAAGGCCGAGUCCAGGAAGGAUGAGUCCAAGAAGGCAGAGGACAAGAAGGCAGAGUCCAGGAAGGAUGAGUCCAGGAAGGAUGAGUCCAAGAAGGCGGAGGACAAGAAGGAUGAAUCCAAGAAGGUGGAGGAAAAGAGGGAUGAGUCCAAGAAGGCAGAGUCCAAGAAGGCCGAGUCCAAAAAGACAGCGGAAAAGAAGGAUGAGUCCAAAAAAGUAAAAGAGAGGAAAGACAAGGCUGAAAAGAUGGAUGAAAAUAAAGCGUCUUGUGCAGAAACAACCCCCAUGGACUGUGAUGAACCUGCCCAGAAUGACCAGGAGAAAAACAAGUCCGGAUCCGAGGAUAAGCCAGAACAGGACCCGAAACAAGAUGAUGAUAAAGAUGACCCUUGCAAGGAAAAGAAAAAAGACGACUCCAUCAGUUCUGAGGAAAGCAAGGAGAAGGAUGGAGAAAAGACAGACGAACCCGAUAAAUCGGCGGCACAAACAGAAGGUGGGGAGGGCCGUGAAAACGAGGGCUUGCGCCUGAAGAUCCGCAUGGCCGCCCACCGCAGGAAAGCGGAGCUUCAGAGAGAGGAGACGAGGGCAGACUCCGAGUCGGAGGGGGGGGACGGGAGGGGGCUGAGAAGAUCCCCAAGAAUCUGUCGCCCCACCGCCAAGCUGGUCGAUAUCCAGGACCAGAAACAAGAGAAGAAACCGAGCAUGCCACUGGCCAACAAAGAGAAUGCUGAGAAUGAAGAGGAGAUUGAGGAGGAAUGUACUGUUCCGAAGAAACCCAAGGAGAAGAAAGUGGACUCUGAUGGGCAACCGAAGCCAAAGGGAAAACGACGCCGGCGGACACGAUGGUCAAACACUCGAACACGACGGAAAAAGAAAGGUUCUGAAGACGAUGACAAUGACGUUUCUGAAGAUGACACGAGCGAGGAAGAGGUCACGGAGGAGGACGACAGUGACGAAAGUUACAAAGUGGAGAAGAGACCGAGGAGGGCAAGGAACCGUGCUCGAGAGAGGCACUCCUCCGACUCCGACACGUCUUCCUCCGGCGGCCCACCAAACGAUGAUCCAUGUAAACACUGUGGCCUGCCAAAUCAUCCUGAACUGAUUCUGCUGUGCGACUCGUGCGAUAAUGGGUACCACACGGCCUGCCUCAGGCCCCCACUCAUGAUCAUUCCAGAUGGCGAGUGGUUCUGCCCGCCGUGCCAACAUAAGCUCCUGUGUGAUAAACUGGAAGAACAACUAACGGAGCUCGACGCUGUGUUAAAGAAGAAGGAGCGUGCCGAGCGAAGAAAAGAGCGUCUGGUCUAUGUUGGCAUCAGUGUGGAGAAUAUUAUCACGCCAACAGUGGAGGUGGAGGAGGAGAAGCAGCCAGAAGAAAAGAAGGAGAAGAAAGAAGUUAAAAAGACCAGAAGCUUGGGACGAAGGUCAACAAGGACAAAGAAAUACAUAAGCUACAGGUUUGAUGAGUUUGAUGAAGCCAUUGAGGAGGCCAUUGAAGAGGAUAUCAAAGAAGCAGAAGGUGGAGGAGCUGGUCGGGGCAAGGACAUGGCAAACAUCACGGGCCACCGAGGGAAGGACAUGUCCAUCAUUAUGCAGGAGGACGGCAAGGAGAACGGGCCGCCACAGAAAACCCCGACCGCCGGACAGCGGAGGAAGAAGCGGCGACGCCUCAACGACCUGGACAGCGACAGCACGGUGGAAGAGGAGGAGAGCGAGGACGAGUUCCGCCUCAGCGACAGCUCUGAAGAGGAGGAGUUUGUGGUGUCCGAAAACAAUGCAGACAGCGACGCAGAGGCCAAGUCUACAGACGACAGCGACUUCGGCAGCACAGGCAACGGUCGUCGCUUCCGGGGGUCGGCCUGGUCCAGGAAGCCUGUCAAACGGCGGUGGAACACAAGGCAGCCUCGACGACGGCGCCGGCCAAAAGGAUACUCUGAUGAUGAAGAGCUGGAGGAGACCGAAGAGGAUGAGGAGGAUGAGAUCGCUACAGAGGGCUCGAGCAACUGCAGUGACAGCGACCUGGACAUGCGGAGGCGGCGUUCCCGUCGGAGUCUGAAGAAGCAGGUGAACUACUGUGAAACGUCAGAGUCGGAGGGCUCGCAGACUGCCACCAACAAGGACAAGAUGAAACCACGCCGACGCCUCUCCAGCUCAGAAAGUCAAGCGAGCUUAAGCUCCCGAGACUCAGACGAGGGGGAUAAGAAAGAAAAGAGGAGGAGAGGGGGUUCUUCAGAAGAAGACUCAAAGAAGAAGCGACGGAGGCACCUCUCCCUCAAGCGGAGGAGAGAGUCCGAGGACGACGAUGAUGACGAUGACUCGGACGACUCUGAGGAGGAAGACCGCCCAAUCCGCAAGCGGGUGAAUCGUAUCGACUCUGACGACUCCGAUGAGGAGGAAGAGGAAAAGAAAGACGUGGCGGAGAAAGAGGCAGAGGACUCCAAGAGGCCGCAGCGUCUCAGCCUAGACGAGGAAGAAGAGGCCGUUCUGGGGAAGGUGGCCAACCCCCUAGACUACUACGUGGCCCAGCUCCCUCCGACCAACGGACAGAGCCCCUUGAAGGGCGAGGAGGGCCUGAUCUCGCGGCCACCAGGGGGCGUCGUUGGGGGCGCUGCCGGCCUCAUGGCCCACAUCGGCCCCAAGAACCCCGCUGCCGCUACGGCCGUCGCCAUGGCGACGAACGGCAUGGUUCCCCAGGAGAUGCCGCCGCCUGACGAGGAUGAGGACGACCUCCUGGGCGUCACAGACCUUGUUGACUAUGUCUGCAACAGCGAACAGUUGUAAAGGAAAUUUGUACUUUUUGCCAUUUUCAACCCCUCCAUCCCCAGUCCAUUCCCUGUACUUUUGACCCUGUACUCCAUUUCUUCACUUUCUACGUCCCCCUUGUGCUUUACAUUUUGUGUCUACGACCAAUGCCAGCAAUGCAACCUCGGCCACACCAAUAUUGCACCAAGUACUGCACAGAAUGUGACUGUACUGGGUCAGCUUCCCCCAACUCAUCAUGUGAUUGAGGUCAAGAACAGUGCAAUCAUUGGAGUACCGUGUGUCAGACGUGUAUAUGUCUAGGUUGAGGGGCAGAGGCUCAAAAGGCUGUAAAUAUUCCACUUCACAAAAUCCAAGAAGUGUUUGUGAAGGACAAAAAAAAACUCACAGCUCGCCGUUGGAAAAGCAGUUUUAUAACCUCACCUUACCCCCUUGUCCAGUAUGUAGUAUCCUUCUUAAUCAUGUGACAUUAUUUUUUUCCCAUCGUGUAACCGACUUCCUAGAGAUACCCGUUAUAUACUGUAGAAACACAUCAUGUUUAUUCUUUGAUCGUGUGUUGGUCUUGGUAGGAAAUAGUUAAGUAUUAUUUUCCAUCACUUAAAAUUUUUACAUUUUGUAUUAAAUCGUAAAACUUUACUUAUGUGUACAUUUCAGGAGUUUGACUGUAGCAGCAUUCCAUGCAGGACCGUCACAUAUGGUUUCAUAUUAUUCCACGUAUUAUUGCUAGCUAUCGCUCUUGUUGAACAGUGGACAGUUUUAAUCACAGUAAAAAGUUCCCCUUUAGAAAAAAAAAUGUUUGUUCAUGGCAUAUUGAAAUCAUGUGAUUGGGUUGUGUGUCAUUGCCUGAAAGUUAGACAGUGCAGGUGUUGAUGAGGCCCGCAACAGCUGUCCUCAAAUGUGAUUAAAAAAGUAUGGUGAGCUGGGUCUUAAACAAAAGCAAUUGUGUAUUUAUAUUCAGUGUUUUUAUUAUGACAACUAAGCGGAACCAGGAUGCUAAGAUUUUUAAAUUGCAUUGUAUAUUUUGUAGCGUUCAUCAUCAAGUCCAUUUUAUAUAAUAUAAUGGCUUUUUUUGUUUUCAUUACCGCCUGUUACUGUUUUCCCAAAUUGUAUUUGGACUUAUUUUCUCCCCUACCAAAAUAUGCAUACCAGUAUAAAUCAAACACUAUUAAUCUUGGCAGCUGUUAAGUGCAUUAAAUGCCAAAUAAAGAUGUCUUUCUCUUUAAGACCACACUCAACCACAGACACAUGCUAGACUUUGAAUGAAGAAAAGGUGUAUUUGUUCAGCUGAAGAGGUUGCUCAUUAAGUGUAUCUUAGUAAGCAUGUCUAUUUUGGCCACUUGCAGGAAGAGUUCAAAGAUUUUGUUUUGUUUUCUAAGAAUUUUCAUUGCACCACCAACACUAUCAGUGGAUUCCAUACACUUCAUCUCAUUUCAGCUCAAUACAUAUAUUUAAUAAAAGGGAUUUGUCAUA